CAGGCUGUUUUAGUGUCUUGUAAAACAUUUACCAAAAGCACUGAGCCAUGAUGUUGAAGGGCAUUCCGUUGCCAGAGUGUGGGAGGAGAGAGAGCGAGCCGGCGAGGAGAGAGCCAGGUGUUUGCAGGUCUUGCCUCAGAGGGCACUGCAGAAAUUGAACACAGAAAUCCCGAGCACGCUGCCUGAACGGGCCUGGAUUCUCGUGCAAGGACAAGACAGAUCCAACUGGUGCUUUUGAACAAAACUUCGUGAAAUUGGAGGUGUUCUCAAACCAGCUUUCAGGCAAUUGAAGACCAAGACAACCAAAGGUCCCCUGCAGCCGUGGAUGCCCGUGACGUCAUGACCGCCGAGGACUCCGCCGCAGCCAUGAGCAGCGACCCGGCCUCUGCGGCCUCCGCCAAGGUGCCCGAGGGCGUGGCCGGCGCGCCCAACGAGGCGGCGCUGCUGGCGCUCAUGGAGCGCACGGGCUACAGCAUGGUGCAGGAGAACGGCCAGCGCAAGUACGGCGGCCCGCCGCCCGGCUGGGAGGGCCCGCACCCGCAGCGCGGCUGCGAGGUCUUCGUGGGCAAGAUCCCGCGCGACGUGUACGAGGACGAGCUGGUGCCCGUGUUCGAGACCAUGGGCCGCAUCUACGAGCUGCGCCUCAUGAUGGACUUCGACGGCAAGAACCGCGGCUACGCCUUCGUCAUGUACUGCCACAAGCACGAGGCCAAGCGCGCCGUCCGCGAGCUCAACAACUACGAGAUCCGCCCGGGCCGCCUGCUCGGCGUCUGCUGCAGCGUGGACAACUGCCGCCUGUUCAUCGGCGGCAUCCCCAAGAUGAAGAAGCGCGAGGAGAUCCUGGAGGAGGUGGCCAAGGUCACCGAGGGCGUGCUGGAUGUGAUCGUGUACGCCAGCGCGGCCGACAAGAUGAAGAACCGCGGCUUCGCCUUCGUGGAGUACGAGAGCCACCGCGCGGCCGCCAUGGCGCGCCGCAAGCUCAUGCCCGGCCGCAUCCAGCUCUGGGGCCACCAGAUCGCCGUGGACUGGGCCGAGCCCGAGAUCGACGUGGACGAGGACGUCAUGGAGACGGUGAAGAUCCUCUACGUGCGCAACCUCAUGAUCGAGACCACCGAGGACACCAUCAAGAAGAGCUUCGGCCAGUUCAACCCGGGCUGCGUGGAGCGCGUCAAGAAGAUCCGCGACUACGCCUUCGUGCACUUCGCCAGCCGCGAGGACGCCGUGCUCGCCAUGAACAACCUCAACGGCACCGAGCUGGAGGGCUCGUGCCUGGAGGUCACGCUGGCCAAGCCCGUGGACAAGGAGCAAUACUCCCGCUACCAGAAGGCAGCCAAGGGCGGCGGCGCCGAGGCGGCGGCACCCCAGCCCAGCUACGUGUACUCCUGCGACCCCUACACGCUGGCCUACUACGGCUACCCCUACAACGCUCUCAUCGGGCCCAACAGGGACUACUUUGUGAAAGCAGGCAGCAUACGAGGCCGAGGGCGAGGCUCCGCUGGCAACAGGGCCCCGGGGCCCCGGGGCUCCUACCUCGGGGGCUACUCCGCCGGCCGCGGCAUAUACAGCCGAUACCAUGAAGGGAAGGGAAAGCAGCAAGAGAAGGGUUACGAGCUGGUGCCGAACCUGGAAAUCUCCACCGUCAACCCGGUCGCCAUUAAACCGGGUACAGUGGCCAUCCCUGCCAUCGGAGCCCAGUACUCCGUGUUUCCGGCAGCACCGGCACCCAAAAUGAUCGAGGAUGGCAAAAUCCACACCAUGGAGCACAUGAUCAGCCCCAUCGCCGUGCCGCCAGACCGGGCCAGCGCUGCCGCGGCCGCCGCCGCCAUCAUCCCCGCCGUGUCCACGCCUCCGCCGUUCCAGGGCCGCCCAAUAACUCCAGUCUACACGGUGGCCCCCAACGUCCAGAGAAUCCCCACCGCCGGGAUCUACGGGGCCAGUUACGUCCCUUUUGCCACUCCGGCCACAGCCACGAUUGCCACACUACAGAAGAACGCGGCCGCCGUGUACGGAGGCUACGCCGGCUACAUACCUCAGGCCUUCCCCGCCAUCCAGGUCCCCAUUCACGACGUCUACCAGACGUACUGAGCCUGGGGACAGAGCGCAGGCAGGCCCGCCAAAGGAACGCGUGACUAUUUAUGAAGAAGGAGAAACCAUGUCGGAUCAGCACACAGAUGAACCAACCCCGAACGCGAAGAAUGUUAUCAAGUGUCACACGGAAAUAUUUUAUAUAAAUGAAGUUUUUCACUAGUUUUUUAAAGACUAUUUUCAACCUUGCAGGCCUGUGUUCAUACAUUUCUAAGAGACUCGCCAUGGCCCGUGCCUGGAUACCAUCUUUUAAACAUUUGUACACUCUACCACUUUGUAUAGAGGUUUAUGUGUUGUUGUGUUUGUUUUUUUAAGGAUAUAUUUUCAGUAUGAAGGUUAUUUUCUUAACGUCUGCACUCCAGAGAUUUCUAUUUUGUAGUACCUUCGAUAAUAUAUCGACUAUAUUAAAAAAUAAAAAAGCACAUUUGUGCAGCUAGGGAACUAUUUUGAAAUAUAUAUUCACUAUUUAAAGGUACAAACAGUAGUGCUUUAAAAUACUACAGAAAACAUUAUUUUAAAGGUAACACUGGAAAGUGCAAUUUUAAAAUGAGUCAAACCUCUGUAUUUUUGCUGGCUUUAAGGCUCGACGGGGUUGCUGUGUGUUAUCCACAAUGGUUCUAUUUUAUUAAAAAAAUUAAUAAAAAACCAAACACACAAUCUCUCCUUAAAAGCCAACAUUGAAAAGACUUGUCACACUUCUGAGUCCAAACACUGGAACAUUCUCACCUCCCUGGGGCUCAUUCUCCAUGUGCCUUUAUCCUUAAACACGGCCCCUCCCAUCACUCACCUUCUCGCUCCCAAUCCCAAAUCCAGCCUUAACUUUUGGCAAGUCUGGGGCAGGUGAAUACCUAAGAGCCCAAACAACCUAUGGCUUUUCUAUUUCUCCCUAGGUUUUGGUUGGGUUUUGGUGUGUGUGUGUGUGUUUCAGUUGGGGAGGAUUUUUUUCUUUCAUGCGUGCUCUUUUCCAUAACAGAGUAAGCACAAGGUUUUAACAGGUUUGUAGAAGACAUCUUUGUAAAACUAUUGAAUUGCCCGAUGCACAACUUUAAUUCCCUUUCUGAUGCCUUUAUUGUAUUCAUUUUUUGAGGCUGAGUCUGGCAGGGCAAAGAAUGUAUAUUGUGUAAACAAGCCCGCCAUAGACUCUUGGCCGCAGAAAGCGAUGCUUCUAGCUGCCUUAUCGUGUUUCAUGCAGAAAUGUCCGUGGUUCUAAAGGAUGAUGGUGGCCUUAUGCUUAUGGGAUGGAGCUUCCCUCUGUGGCCGUGCACCUGUAAACUAACUGGGGUGCACACGUUCAGGAGGAGGAGAGACCUGCAGGAGUUCCGAGAUAGCGUGUAAAUAUUUCUAAUGCUUGCUUUGAGAACUUUUGUGCUGCAGAAGCUCAUGGUAUAUAGGUUUUUCCAAAAUGGACCAUUUGAUUCCCAUGUUAUUGAAAGGGUGUGUUUUCAUAGGAAGUCAAUGUACAUUCAGUGUCUUGUGCCUGUUUAAAGGCUUUUAUUUAGGAGAGUGAAUGUAAAAUACAGUACACAUGGUAAGAUUGUCCUCUAUGAAAUACAUCAACUUGGAAAUUUUUUUUUGGUUUCAAGACGCCACCCAGGAAAUGAGGCGCGCGGUGAGGCGGCAGGCAUGCCGUCCCGUUCUUACGUCGCGUUCUAGACGAAACCUUUCCACUCCGUGGAUUUUUGUGGAGAGUUCUGAUUUGUGAAUUAAUGAUAGGAUCGUGCCCUAGACACCUACGUUUGUUUUACAUUAUGAUUUAAAUUAAGAAAUUCCCAAAUCCUUUUUUUUUUUUUUUUUUUGCUUGUUUUCUUUUUAACCUCUCCCCUUGGGAUGGGAUGGAUUUUUAUAUAUAAGCAAUAUUUAUUUAACUGUCUAUGAAAUGAUGGAAGGCCUGAUCAGGCCUUGAUGCAUUUCUGACAUUCCUUUCUGGCGUCCCUAAACGGCCUGAAGGAAUAGUGCAAUGUUUCUGGCGACCUUGCAGGCCAGACUCACACGUGUGGGAGUGAGUAAUCCGAACACGUGCGUUGUGCGUCCCACCCUCCUCUGUCAGCCGUGGGAAGAGGCCUCCUUCCGGUGAAGGAUCGUCCAGGGGUUCACUGGAUGCAACUCUGACCCAAUGCCCUUACUAUAUUUUACAUGUGCCUGUAAAUUAUAUGCAAAAGCAACAACAACCCCCCCCCCAAAAAAUAAAA